AUGCAGCGGGAAAGGAAAAUAGACGUAACGCCGAGCAAUUAUUCGGUACUGGACAGCGAGUUUGGCAGUAUGCGGGAGCGCUUCGAAGCUGAAAUGAGGCAUGUCGAAGAGGAAAUGAAACGUUUAAGGAGAGAAUUUGAAGGUACUGGUAGUCGACGUAAUUUAGAUGAAAAUCACUAUAAGUAG